UUCCCAACUCUCUCUCUCUCUCUCUCUCUCGAUCUGUCCGCGGUCUAUCUAUUCUGUUCUUCCAAAACACUUUUCAAAAACAGAUUCCACAAGCUCUUAUAUAUUUCCGGAUCUUCUCCAAAUCUCUUUUCGAAAAUAACUUUUUUUUUUUAUUUUGUUGUUUUGGAAUUUUCCCAUUUGUUUCGAGAUGAGCACGGGAGAGCUUCUCAGCAUCGAACCUCAAGAGCUGAAAUUUCCUUUUGAAUUGAAGAAGCAGAUCUCUUGUUCUCUUCAAUUGUCCAAUAAAACUGAUAGUUAUGUUGCUUUCAAGGUCAAGACUACGAAUCCAAAGAAGUACUGUGUUCGACCAAAUGCUGGGAUCGUGUUGCCUCGGUCCACAUGUGAUGUUAUAGUUACCAUGCAAGCACAAAAGGAGUCUCCCUCUGAUAUGCAAUGCAAGGACAAGUUUUUACUUCAAAGUGUGAUAACACAUGAUGGUGCAACUGCAAAGGAUAUCAAUGCUGAAAUGUUCAAUAAGGAGGCGGGGCAUCUUGUUGAAGAGUGCAAAUUGAGAGUGCUUUAUGUUUCUCCGCCUCAACCUCCUUCUCCUGUUCCAGAAGGGUCUGAGGAAGGGUCUUCCCCCAGGGGUUCUGCGUCGGAUAAUGGAAAUGCAAACAGUGCUGAGUUUUCUAAUGCUUCGAGAGCAUUUGCUGAGCGGCUUGAGUCUCAAGACAAAUCUUCAGAGGCAAAAGCUCUUAUUUCAAAGCUGACUGAGGAAAAAAAUAGUGCAAUUCAACAGAAUACCAAGCUUCGUCAGGAAUUGGAACUCCUGAAACGUGAAGGCAACAAAAAUCGUGCUGGAGUCUCAUUUAUGUUUGUCAUCUUUGUUGGCUUGCUUGGCAUAAUUUUGGGGUAUCUCAUGAAGAAGUCAUAAGCAACUAUAGCUUCUGUUGUCCUUGGCCAUAAUUUUCCUCUCAUUUCCUUUCUGUCACCAAUCAAAGAAUGGUGAUGACAGGAAACUAAUGAACGAAGCAUGUUGCAUUUCUUAGUUAGCUUUAUGGGAUUAGUGAACUUGUUUAGAUCAGGUCAUGUGUUUGUAGUGGAGGAGCAUUCAAAUGACUCCUUUUUAUUGACUAUUUGACAUGCAUUCAUUUUGUAACUUAAUAUCGAUCUCUUUCUCUC